UUAGUUCCCCAAAUAUUGUGGUAUUUCCGAGAUUUCACUUAACCAAAAAAGAAGUCGCCAGGAUGCCCACUUCCCUGUUGUGGCCACAUACCCGGCUCAACUGGAAGCGGGCACUGCUGUUCUCGCUGAAGUGCGUCUACCUCCUGAUGAUGGUGACAUUAAGCAGACAGACCGCUGGGAUGGCUGUGAACAGCAGCCUGGCCCAGCAUCAUCGAAGGAGAUUCCUGGAGGGGACUGCAGCCGCAGCAUACACUUGAUUCCUGUAUGUCCCAUUUGGCGGAAAUAAACGACAGUUGGGGAAUGU